ACAGUCGCAGGCAGCAACGAGGAUUGGCGGAGCGCUGCGUCACACCGGUGUCUUCUCCUUGCACACAGGUUUCAAAAGGAGUUUGUAGCCAAACCACCACCUGGGAAAUACCGCAAGCGCUCCGCAGACGUCCCUGCGGAGGGGAAGCCAAAGAAAGAAGAGGUUUUGCAACCUCUUGUGGAGGGCAAGACAGUGAGAUUUGCUGGACGCCCCACCUUCAUCAAACGCUUGAGCACUGCAAGUAUAGAGGGAGGACACUUCGAAAGAAUAAGGAGCUUGCUGAUGAAGGAGAGCUCCGCAUCCAGGCUGCUGCCAGCGAUCCGAGGAGUGCCUGAAGCCCAAAAGCAGCUGGCGACCUGCCAGCUGCAGGGCCAAGCAGGAACUGAAGGCCAGGAAGACGUGGGCCAAGCACACGGAACAAAACAUGUGAGGUUCCAUGAAGAUGAUCGAGAAGCAGACCGUGGAGCACGGAAAAUGAAGAAAGCAAAGGCCUCGUACCCUCUGAUCUCCGGGAGGCCUUUUAACAAAGAUAAGAGAUCUUCAUUGAGGGCUGAGGCUAGCCUUUCCAAGGAGUCCAAAGGCAGACCAUCCAGGCUCCCACUUCUGGCUCGUGACUCAGUCAAACUGCUCAGGCAGAGGGCAAAGAAGGUCAGGCUAGCAGAGGAAAAACCUGAGGGGAUGGCAGCAUCCACAUCUCAUUGCGAGUCCAGCCUGCCAACGGAGUCCUCCACGCACAGAUCUGGAUUGCUGCCACCCAUACGCCAAGGAGCGGGGACUCCGAAGGAUCAGCCUCCAAAGACCAAAGCUUCCAACAGCAGGCAGGGGACACCCGGCCCAUGCUGAUGUGGGCAUGGGCUGUCCUGGACAGACGGAGCUCCACGUGAGGCUGCAAAACCCUGCUGCUGGACGUGUUCUCGGCAAGGGAGAAAGAGAGGGAGAGGAAUGGCUGCCCUCCCCUCCCCUCGGUGUGCUGACCCAAAGCCACCCCCAGGGUCUGCAUGUGGGCAAAGAAUUCCCUAAGCCUGCACUCUCCCUUCUGCUUUCCGACCGCGUGGAAAGAGAUUGAGAAAAAUAAAAGCAAUGGUCUUAUAGAGUUCUGUGGUGGAGUUUUUAUUUUAUUAUUUUAUUUAUUAGUGCUCUUUCACGGGAAUGAGGAUGGAGGGCUUCACAGUUGGGCUGUGAAAUCAGUCCACCAUGCAGCUGGGAGCGGGGCUCCAACGGGGACCUUUCCUCAACACCUUUUUCCUUUGUCAGCACUUUUUCCAUCUGAGAAAUGGAAACCCUCCACUUUUUCCAUCUUUCCACCGUUCUCAUGGCCUCGGUAGAAGGGAAUGUCCCUUGCUCAAGAUGGGGAGAAGGGGAAAGGGAAAGGGGAAAGGAGAGGAUGUGAGCGUAGCUGGAGAGAAACAGAGGCCACUAGAGAACAGUUGUUCUCCCCCAUUUAAUGACAUGAGAAUCAGUUUCACAGAUGCUGUCUGUAGAGUGUGUAUCACCGAGCAGAACAGCAGUGGAAGCUUGAGCACUAGCAAACUGGUGACUGCCCCAGCUCC